AUCUGACGGUUGCCAGACAAGCGUCAACAUGGCAGACUCGAAGUUGCAAGAUUCCAAGAAAUUGGACGAGUUUAUAAACAAAGUAGAUGAAAUUGAGUCCUUGGUUAAAACUCUCAAAUAUGGAGAAGAUGAUGAUGUCAAACAAGCCAUGCAAAAGGCAGAUGAAAUCAUUGCCAAAAACCAAGCACAGCUAAAUGAGAAACUUUCUGAAAUGCCGGAAGAAGAAGACGACUUCAAAGAGCCAUUACCCAAGACUAAAACUGGCUUCAGUAAAACUAUAAUCAAUAAGUCUCCCUCCACAGCCCAAGAUCCUAAUGCUCCUCAAACAAUGACCACCGCAGACCAACAAGGCUUCAUGGCUGCAAUGGAGGUAGAUGCCAGGGAGAGAGCAGAAAGAAGACAAGCUGGUGAGAAGAAGGCUAAUGAGUUAAAAGAAAAAGGCAAUGAGGAAUUCAGACAAGGAAAUUAUGAGAAAGCAUUGGAGCUUUACUCUGAAGGACUGACUCAUCUCAAAGAUCAUCUUGCCCUUUGGACAAACAAAGCUCAAACAAACAUCAAACUGGGUAGAUUUGAGGAAGCUCUUGUAGACUGUGACUGGGCCAUAAGGGUUUUCAGUAACAGCAUGAAAGCUUAUGUUCUAAUGGGAAAGGCUUAUCUUGGACUCAGAAACUAUGAAAAAGCAAGGGAGGCUUACAAGAAAGCCCUUGAAUGUGACCCAACCAAACAAAAUCUUAUCAAAGACUAUUUUGCAGAUGUGGAUAGAGUUGAGAGGACCCAACAGGAAGAAGAAAAAGCAAAAGAGGCAUUUCAGGCGGGAGAAAAGGGUCCCGUAGCUUUACUUCAGCAACUUGGGAAAAAAGGUCAACUUCCUAUUUUCUACAGUGGAGGAUUCCAAGUUCUGCAAAAUUUCCUGAAGAACAAUGAACAGAAAACACUUUUCAGAACAGAGGGAGGAUUUCAAAUCAUUAGUGAGCAUCCAUGCUUCUCAAAAUGUUUUUCAGCUUCUCCAAGGAGUUUAUCCAAAGAAGAACUCGAUAUGCUGAAGUCUGGCAUGGACAUGUUCCGUUUGGCUUGUGAAGAUAAUGAAAAGAAUCAGGAAGUUUUUUUACAAACAGAGGGAAUGCCCAACAAACUAAUGAGGUUCAUGGAAGUGAAAAUCAAAGGCCCUGGUCGUGGUCUGAAAUCCAGCUGUGUGAAGAUAUUACACACAGUGACAAUAUCUGUGAUUGGACGAUCAUUAGUUUUUCAAAAGUUUGACAUUCCACAGCUAAUGACUAUUGUGUUCAAUUUAAUCCAAACAAAUGAUGAUGCUGCAUUAACUUCGGGAUGUGUUCUAAACAAUCUGGCUCUUGACAACAAGUUUAAGCAACAGUUAAGAGACAAAAUCGAAAUUGAUGUGCUGCCAGCGUUUGAAAAUGUUUUGAAAGAAGGAUCCAGCAACCAGUCCGUUCUACCUACCUGUGUCUCCACAAUCACCAACCUCUCCAAUGAUGUUGUUAUCAGGAAAAAGCUGUCAGAUCGGAAAGAUAUGUGGAAGAUUCUUGUGGAUUCCAUCUCCAGACACAAAGAAAAAUUACCUCAGCCUCUCAGCGUGGAGCUUGUGGAGGCUUGCUUGGGUCUCAUUUCUAAUUUGACACAUGAAGGAUCUAGUGUAAACUUUAAAGAGUUCAGCCUUCCCAUUUGUAAGCAAUGCCUGAUAAUCUGUCAGUCUCUGAAGCAUUACAAGCUGAUGAUAUCUCGCAGUCUUGGAAUCCUAAGCCAUAUCUUACCCUACUCCAUCCCCUCAGUCGACUGGUUCUGUGACAACGAAGGAGUAGAAAUCCUAAUGUACAUUUUGAAGAAUGAUGAAGAUUCCGCAAAUAGGAAGUGUGCCUUGAAGGCCCUCACUGGUUGCUCGCAGAUUAAUGACCAUGCUCGGGUCUUCAUUGUGGACCACAAAGGACUGGGAACUCUGAUUAAACAACUGAAGAGUGAUGAUGAAACAGUUGUAGGGAAUGCUGCACUGUGUCUCAGUCACUGCACCCAGGUCCCUAAAGUUUGUGCAGCUCUAUCAAAGACAGAUAUUAUUAAGGAACUUUUAGUUCUGGCUCGUGAUGGGAAUAAGUCCGGUCUGCAGCAGAAUUGUGCCAUUCUUAUAGCGAAGCUUGCUCAAGGUGAUAAGCGACACUUAGAGAGAUUGAGAGAACUUCAUGGUAUAGACAUUCUUCACAACUGUAUGAAGUAUCUGAAGUGAUUUUCGUCAGUAUGUGUUUUGGUGUGUACUUGGUAUGGGAGAUAAUACACAUGAAUAAUAUGCUAAUAUUCUGUUCAGAUUGUCUGGUAUUUUUUAUGAAUAAAAUUGAUAUGUGUACGUGUAUAAAUAAUAAAAUUCAGUGAAUUUAU